CCGUGAAAACCCAUUCGCGUAAUCUCCAAUCUUCAAGUCCUCAGCUUCGAUUGUUUUCAUACAGCCCUUAUGUCUCCACGUACCUACGCGCCGUCCCCUUCCACAUUCGCGGAAGACCCAGAUCGAUACCGUGAAAACGGCCUUCACCCCCUCACUAUUGGGGAGACUCUCAAACAUGGUAGAUAUCGAAUUGUCCAUAAACUAGGCUCCGGAAGCUUCGCUACUGUCUGGCUUGGCAGGGACACGUUAGAGAACAAGUAUGUCUCUCUGAAGAUCUUGUCUGCCGAUACGCCUCUUGAGUGUAAAGAGUUACGCAUCUUACAAGAUAUUACGGAGUCUACAGUGGCCCACAAAGGGCGAGAGUUUGUUGUUCAGCUUCUUGACCAUUUCAUCAUUCAAGGCCCGAACGGCAAGCACUGGUGCCUUGUAACCGCAGUAGCCGGAGAGCGUUUGGCAAGAAAGCCCGGCCUACCUUACAAUUCCUUGGAAUGGCCUCGCAUCAUUGGGCUUCAGAUUGCAGAAGCCUUGGGAUAUCUUCACACUUUAGGCAUUGCGCAUGGAGAUUGCUACACGUCCAACAUUCUCUCCCAGCUUCUCCCUUUUGAUAAAUGGUCCGAAGAAGAGCUCUAUGCUUGCAUGGGGCAACCCAUUAGACACCAAGUACAUCGAUUGGAUGGGCGACCGAAGGGGGACAACGCUCCGGAUUACACGGUCGACCCCGGCGAUGUAGUAGCACUGGAAGCCCGUCUGCCUACAGAUCGGAUCGUUCUAAUCGACUUUGGAGCGGCGUUCUAUCAUCACGAACGAAUCACCGAGAUUUUCACGCCAGCUCCCUUCGCAUCACCCGAAAUCUUGUUCAGUGGCGAACUCACAUCCUCUGUCGAUAAAUGGGCAUUUGGGUGUCUGCUGUACGAGCUCUGUGCCGACCGCAGUCUUAUAAAGCUGUUAUUUGGAUGGAACAACGAUGCGCUUAAAGACCAGGUAUCUAUGCUUGGGAAGCCAUCUGAGGCUCUCUGGCAAAAUUGGAAGGGCAAAGAGAAGUAUUUCCAUCCUGAUGGAACUCCAAAAGAGGCCGAAGGCAGGCGAUUGAAGGUCGAGCCGCUCUCCCUGGAGCAACGUGUACGAAACCUAGAGAAGCCCCUGAGCGAGCGAAGUCAUGGAACAGACAUUGCGACACCGCUCCCACCGGAUCUCCAGAACUUAUAUGACCUUCUCAAGGGGAUCAUAAUCUACGACGCAGGCGCUCGCCUCUCUUUUGAAGCAAUACAAGCCCACCCGUUCUUCUCGGGCGUAGAUAUUCCAAAAGUUUAACUAGUUCUAUGGCUGAGAACCAUAGUCAACGGAUCACUCUAAUAUCAAUGUAAUCAGAACUUGAGGUCCGGUAUGCUUGCCAAGAGUUGGUGCUUCACUUGGGCAUUGAUUUGACCCUGAAAAUCCACACCAGAGCCUCAAUCUUUCACUUGCAUUUUAUCCCAAAUAUAACUGGU